AUGCCCUCUUGGACUCGGACUCCUGCCUGCUUCCGUCGCCAGUUCUCGAGACUUCCUGGUCCAUCUCCCCUGUCGAGCUCACGGAGCCGGUUCUCCGGCCUCAUCUUCACCGUCGCUGGUGUCGUCAUCAGUCUCCUCUACCUGUUCUAUGUUUUCGUUGUUCCGCAACUGCUUCGAUUCCGUUUACGACUUGAUCUAAGCCCAUAUGAUCUGGGAUUCUACGGCUUAGGUCCUUCCCGAAGCUACGCAUCUUUCGAGUACGAGUCUCCCGUAGUAGAGAUCACAGAAUGGGCGUCGGGAUGCGACUCGCGAUACACAUUCCUUGCUCCGCGCGGUGACUCGGUUGCUCACCCUGGGCCCGUCAUUCUGGAUGCUGAUGGGGAAUUGGUGUGGAUGAAGUAUAACUGGGACACAACGCAGGAUUUUAAAGUACAGCGAUACAAUGGCGCAGAUUACUUGACAUACUGGGAAGGGACUGAAGUGGAAAGUCGUGGUUCCGGGUCAUGGUACAUGCUCGAUUCGACCUACACCCAGAAAUACCAGAUAUCCCCCAUCGGCAACUUCGGGGGCGGCGAUCUGCACGAGUUCCACAUCACAGAGCAGGGGACAGCGCUUGUCACCGUCUAUGACCCUAUUCCGGCGGAUUUGACUUCAAUCGGCGGACCUGAACUCGGCUGGAUCCUUGAUGGGGUUUUCCAAGACAUCCACAUCGAAACAGGCGAGUUGCUUUUCGAAUGGCGCGCGUCACAGCAUUACCCCGUCACCAGCAGUUACGAAGCACUGGACGGUGCGGGGAAGGAUCGCAAUAACGCGUUCGACUUCUUUCACAUAAACAGCGUCGACAAGGAUGAGCAGGGUAACUAUAUUGUCUCUGCAAGACAUCUCCAUGCCGUUAGCUACAUCGACCACGUCACCGGAAACGUGCUAUGGACUCUCGGCGGGAAGUUGAACGAAUUCACGGACCUGUCUCACGGACAGGCGACCAAUUUUGCCUGGCAGCAUGAUGCCCGGUGGCACGCCAACAACACCAUAACACUCUUUGACAAUGCAGCACAUUCAAACAGCGAUCCCGACAGCGAAAGCCGCGGCAUGGUCAUCCAACUCGAUCUCUCCCAGCGCACAGCCGAACUGCUCGCCGCGUACUAUCAUCCUCAACAGAUGAGAUCUGUCUCCCAAGGCAAUGUCCAGAUUCUCGAUGAAAGUGGUCGGGUCCUCGUUGGCUGGGGCCACAGCGCAGCUUUCACGGAGUACACUGCCGAUGGGGACUUGCUCUGCGACGUCCAUUUCGCGGCUUCUGCAUUCUUCUCGUUCGGUCGGGUUGUGUCUUAUCGUGCAUCCAAAAGUACGUGGGUGGGCAGACCGCUGACGAUCCCCGACGCGGCGGUCAUGGGCGACCGUGUGUAUGUGAGCUGGAACGGCGCGACGGAGGUGGUAGCCUGGCGGCUGGAAGUCUGGGACGCGCGCGCUGUUGAGGGCAGCACGUUUGACGUGGUCGCCCAGUUCGCGAAGACUGGAUUCGAGACGGUGAUUGAGAUUCCUGAAGAGCUGGGCAGUCCACUUUUUCGCCUGGCGGCUUUGGAUGCCGAGGGUAAUGCGUUGGGGUACACCGAAAUCCUCCAGAAGGAUCAGGGUGUCGAUGUGGAUGAACUUCUUGACCUGCAUAAUUGGAUCGUGGCCGCUGCUUUUAUUAUUAGUGUUGGGGGUCUGUUACUCGGGUUGUAUCAAUGUUGCGGCUGCUGUCAAAUCCUUCCCCGAUGCCGUCGUCGUCCGAAUGAGUAUCAGCUGGUAGCUUUUGGUGAUAAUGAUAACGGUGAGAACGAUCCAGUCUGA